AGUUGAGAGGUCAGGGUGAGAAAAAGUCGUAUAAAAGGAGAGAGAAAAGGAGAAAGGAAUCAGUCGAGUGAGCAUCUCCGACCCGGCAACAGCAACUGUAGUGCACUACUUGUCACCAACUUUAUUCUUCAUCGUGUAACCAACUUGCAAUCAUGGUUAACUACUGCGUCGUGCUGCUGUUGGUCGUUAUAUCGUUGAUGGCUGGGUCGACCAUUGGUGUACCGAUGUCUCCUGGGUACGGCGGUUACCAAACAACAACGACGAAGGAAUACUACACCACGCCGCCACCUUACUAUACAACAUCAAGAUACGCCACAACUACUUACUACACCGAGCCCUCCAAGUACUACACGACUACGUAUGCUGCCCCAGUUUACUACACCGAGGCUCCAAAGUACUACACCACCAAGGCACCGGAGUACUACACGACUACGUAUGCUGCCCCAGCUUACUACACCGAGUCUCCCAAGUACCAUACCACCAAGGCACCGGAGUACUACACCACUAAAUACUACACCGAGACUCCAACUUAUUACACUCAAGCGGCCGAGUACUACACCGUAGCACCUAAUUACCUAACUACAACCUAUGCUGCUUCAAGUUACUACACCGAAGAACCCAAGUAUUACUCUGCCCCGAGCUAUACCACGAAAGCGCCCGAGUACUACACGUCUACGUAUGCUGCCCCAGCUUACUACACCGAGGCUCCCAAGUACUACACCACCAAGGCACCCGAGUACUACACGACUACGUAUGCUGCCCCAGCUUACUACACCGAGGCUCCCAAGUACUACACCACUAAGGCACCUGAGUAUUACACUGCUACCUACGCUGCCCCAGCAUACUACAACGAGGCUACCACGUAUUACUCUGCUCCAAGCUACUACACCGAGGCCCCAACUUACUACACCACCAAAGCAGCUGAAUAUUACACCGAGACUCCAGUUUACUACACUACAACCUACGCUGCUCCUAGUUACUACACUGAAGCGCCCAAGUACUACUCUGCCCCGAGCUACACAGCCACAACUGAGGUGGCCAAGUAUUCCGCAGCCCCAACUUACUACACAGCGGCUGCUCCUUCGUACUACGUUGAGCCGAAAUACUACACCGAGGCUCCAGUUUACUACACCGAAAAGACCGAAUAUUACACAACCACGUACGCUGCCCCAGUUUACUUCACCGAGGAACCCAAAUAUUACUCUGCUCCAAGCUACUACCAAACAGAGGCACCUGUUUACUACACCACCAAGGCAACCGAGUAUUACACUACAACCUACGUUGCCCCCAGCUACUACACUGACGCACCCAAGUACUACACUACCAAGGCACCUGAGUAUUACACCACUAGUUAUGCUGCACCGACCUACUACACCGAAGCUCCGAAGUACUACUCUGCCCCGAGUUACUACACCACUAAGGCUCCUGAAUAUUACACCACAACCUACGCUUCUCCAGCUUACUACAGGGAGGCUCCUAAAUACUAGAGCCGAAAUUCCAGUUUUAUUUGUUUUUGUUCAGAUUUGUCGGUCAUAUCUUAAUAGUUACUAGUCACUGGGAAUUGAUUGUUGAUCUAUAAUGAGAGAAUACAUUUUUUAUGCGGGUAA